AAGUAUAAUAUCGGCCAGAAAAAAUCAGUGCUAGAGCACAAUCAUGUCCGUGCCUUGGCCGACACUUAAAUGAGCUAUUAAAAUGUAUCGGACGCUGCUGCGGCUGUCUUAUCGUCGGCGCGGGAUGCGCGCGCGCACGCCGCCGCUCGGACUCGCACACAUAUCAAUUCUUUAUUUUACAACCUGACAUUUUACAACUCGGGUUUUUGGAAACAACUCCGCACUCGAAAAGCCACGGAUUAAACGAGUAGUCACUAUCGCGCGUUGACAACGCCGGCAGUGUCGUGUGUUACCAGCCGAAUGUUCACCACUCUUUCACUUUUACCCGCGCGACACCGUUCAGUAUUACGAUACUUACGACAUGAGCGCUCUCGCAGAGCCCAUCUGGGGCUCCGACGACCUCACCAAGUCGAACAUCAGGCUCACAGACACCGAAAGCAGAAGCAGAUCCAUCCGGGAAAAUUGCAAAUCUAUUUUGAAGAAACUCAAAUAUUUCUACGUGGAAACCACCGUCGAGCCAUGCCUGUUUGUUUACAUGCUGUGCAUCGCGCUCUCCACGCUCGCCGUACAGAAUAUGCACUUGGAAAAAGCGUGCAGAGUCAACUUCAAGUUCGGUGACGACAUCUGCGACCGCAUCAGAGAUCGCAACACCACGGGCCUCGAAGAUGAAUUGAAUAAAAUCGAAUCAUUGGUAGCGAAAGUGACCGCUUGGAAGUUCCCGUUGCAAACUGGUAUACCAGCUGUCAUGGUGCUCUUUGUGGGUGCUUGGAGCGACAAAACAAAGAAGAGGAAAAUAUGUAUUCUUUUCCCGAUGGUCGGGGAAAUUGUAACUAAUAUAGGGCUUCUGCUGGCGACGUAUUAUUUUGACGAGCUGUCGGUGUCGGGGACAGUGUUGAUAGAAGCCCUGCCCCCCGCGCUCACCGGUAGCUACAUAAUAGUGUUUAUGGGUAUGUACAGCUUCAUGGCUGACAGAACUUCAGUGGAGAAUAGAACUUUCCGCCUCGGAAUUGUUACAAUAUUCGUGAAUCUGGGGACCCCCCUGGGAACGGCCCUGAGUGGAAUAGUGCUCCGCGCUAUUGGGUAUUACGGAAUAUUCACAUUGGUUCUAUGUUUGCACAUUAUUUCGUUUCUAUACGGUAUUUUGAAACUCGAAGACAGUGUAUGUGAGGAAGACAAUGACACAUGUGGUUCUAGCGAUGGUUCAAUGAACCGGUUAGUGGAAAAAAUUAAAGAGGUUUUGGGUCUAGUCAUUAAUACAGUGGCAGUGGUUUUCAAAAAACGUGAUGGCAGAGGAAGGACUUUGAUAAUCUUAGUAUUGGCGCUGUAUCUUCUAAUGGUGGGGCCUCUUUAUGGUGAUUCACAAGUGGCGUAUCUCUACGCGAUCCGGCGGUUCAGUUUUGACGAAGUGGAGUACAGCAUCUACGGAGCUACCAACUCCGUCCUGGGCAUUGUAGGAACUCUUUUCUGCGUCUCUCUCCUCAGCAAGAAGCUGCGAGUAGAGGACAGCGCUAUCGGGGGACUCGCAGGAGUGAGCAGGAUAGCCUCAUGUUUCGUGAUUGCGUUCGCCCCGAACCGUGAUUGGUUCUACUCGGCGCCGGUCUUCAACAUAUUCAGCUCUACUGGACUGGCAGCUGUGCGGUCUAUCGCUACAAAGGCAGUGCCUACAAAGGAAAUCGCCAAGCUGAGCGCGUUGAUGGGAGUGAGCGAGGCGCUGGCCCCCUCCAUAUACUCGCCGGCUUCCAAUCACAUCUAUGUGAAAACCAUAGACUAUUUUCCAGGCGCCUUCUACAUGUUUGACGCGGUACUUACGGGUCUCGCGUUGGUGUUAUUUUUAAUUGUUUACAUCAUAAUGCGAAGAAGAAAUAUUGCAGACCAUGAAAACGAACAAGUACCUAAAAGUAAUGAAGUUUCAAGAUUUUAGAUGUGGUUGCUUAGUUACAUAAAUUUAUGUAAGCCUUAUUUUCCUUAGGUAUUCAUGAACUUUUAUAACCGUCGACCACGGUUACAGCAGACCCCUUAGCAUGAAUUUUCAUCGUGAACGUGAAGUAGAAUUCAUCGAGUAAUUUGUAUGAAAAUAUAAACAGCGCCCCUGGCGGUCGGUAGCAGAACUAAAAUUUCCCUACAAAAUUCAUCGAGUAAUUUCACGUCACGUUCACGAUGAACAUUCAAUUCACGCUAAGGGGUCAGAUAUAGUAUGUAUAAUAGUUCGGUAUCCAUUACGACGGAUUUUUAAUUAGGCUUUUAGUUAUUUCGAAACUAAAAUUUACGUAGGUAUAUUUAUGCGUUAAUAAAUUAAUCAUGUGAACAUUAUAGGUUAAAUCGACUUGAGGAAUCAAAUAUCAUUAGCUGUAUUAAAUGUCUCAAGUGCCUAUUUAUUUACUGUGAUUUAUUUAAGUAUAAGUAAUAGAUAUUUCUCGGUGUUUAUAAGAUGAGAUAUGUUUACUCUCAUUAGAUGUGAAGACUAUGAAUCAUAAAUAUUUUAUUCUUUUGAAUUUAAGAUGUCUAACUAUACAUAUAGGUACUUACAUAGUAUGCAGAUGCAGGUAAAUAAAUGAAUAAUAUUGAAAUAGUAUUUAAGUAAAAUGAGACAGAAUAGUGAUAUUUUACGUAAGACUGGACUGCUUUCCCAUAGGUUAAGUAAAAAUAUAAAUAAAUAUACCUAACUAAUCCA